AUGGUUAAAAAAGCUAUUGCAGUUCUUCGACCUGAUCAACCAAAUGGCACUGUUAACGGUACAAUCAUUUUUACUCAGGAAGGUGAAGAAGUUAAGGUUGAUAUAGAUAUUAAAGGGCUUCCAGCCGGAAACAAACUGCAUGGAUUUCAUAUUCACCAUUACAAUCCACGUAAUCUCAAUCAUGGUGAUAGAAAUGCGGAAGCGGACAAACGUCAUGUUGGUGAUUUGGGUAAUGUUAAAGCUGUGGAUGGUUGUGUUAAAGAACAAAUCAUCGAUAAGAUAAUCAGUUUAGAAGGCGAACACUCGAUUGUCGGGCGAACCGUUGUUGUGCAUGAAGAUGAAGACGAUCUUGGGAAAGGUGGUCACGAACUUUCUCUUACUACUGGUAAUGCUGGUAAACGCCUUGCCUGUGGUGUUAUUGGUAUUACGAAACUAUCUUCCCUUUGA